AUGCUCGACCUCGAGCCGAUCGCGCCGCGCGAGAUUGGGACGCAGCACUCUCCGUACGUCGACCAGCUGGUGCAGCACGUGCAGCAGCUGGCGGGCUCCCUGUCGCAGCUCGGCGUGCCGGUGGCGGCGACUCUCGUCGGCGAGGCGAUCGGCGCCAUCUGCGAGCACUUGGUGGACGGGUACGCCGGCGUCAAGAAGGCGUCCGACGAGGGCCGCGCCCAGAUGUCGCUCGACGUCAAGACGCUGCAGGCGGCGCUGCGCAAGCUGCUGCCCGAGAUGGCCCCGUCGAUGGCGCAUGUCGAGGACUACCUCCGCGCGCUCUACCUGCCGCCGCAGGAGCUGCUCGCGUGGGCGCGCGCGCACCCGCAGUACUCGGACUUGCUCGAUAGCCUCGCCAAGCAGGACCGCUAA